AUGUCGUCGACAAGAUCAACCAGGGAUGCGGCGGCAAUGAAGAUUGGAAGAGAAGGGAACGUGACGCUCUCCUAUCCGUUACUCACGAAGAGUAACUACUCGUUGUGGGCAUUCAAGAUACGGGUAAACUUACAAGCACAAGGAGUGUGGGAAGCCGUGAUGUUCGAAGAUGUCGACGAACGGAUGGAUAGAAUGGCUCUCGCCGCCAUCUAUCAAGCACUCCCUGAGGACGUCCUUCUAUUAGUGGCUGAGAAGGAUUCCGCCAAACUAGCGUGGGAGACGCUAAAGACAAUGCAUGUUGGAGUGGAGAGAGUCAAUGAGAAUGGGGAAUCGGUGGAUGAUUUCGCCAUGAAAUUGACAUCCAAUUUGACUGGUAUCCGCUCGUUAGGAGAGACGGUGGAGGAGAUCUCUGUCGUCAAGAAGUUCCUUAGAGCCUUACCACAAACAUACAUACAGAUCGUUACAGCGAUCGAGCAAUUUGGUGACCUCAAGAAUAUGAUUGUCAAAGAGAUCAAAAACGGAGAAGCCGGUUUUUCUUCUAGAUCAUCGAGUCGUAGCGGCAACGGUGGAGAUAAUCGAGGUCGUGGCAAAGGGCAAGGAAAGGUCAAAGGCGAGGUUGUGCAGGAAGCUCACCUCGACAAGAAGGUACCAAACCCCGCAAAGACAAGAGCACAAUGA